AAUCAGAAUCGAAAUCUCUCUGCAAAAGCAAAACCUAAUCCCAAUUUCAAAGCGCUCUACGAAUAUCGCUCUCUAAAUCUCUCUAAGCAAAAGCUUUAGAUUCUUGAUCCAAUGGCGGAUGUUCAAAUGGGUGACGCUGAGACCUUCGCGUUCCAGGCCGAGAUCAACCAGCUUCUGAGCUUGAUCAUCAAUACGUUCUACAGCAACAAGGAGAUUUUCCUUCGCGAGCUCAUCAGCAAUUCAUCAGAUGCUUUGGAUAAGAUUAGAUUUGAGAGUCUGACGGAUAAGAGCAAGCUGGAUGCUCAGCCGGAGCUCUUCAUCAGGCUCGUUCCGGAUAAGACCAACAAUACUCUCUCCAUUAUUGAUAGCGGAAUCGGCAUGACCAAAGCAGAUUUGGUGAACAACUUGGGAACAAUUGCAAGGUCUGGAACCAAGGAGUUUAUGGAAGCAUUGGCUUCUGGAGUGUCUGAUGUGAGUAUGAUUGGACAGUUCGGUGUUGGUUUCUACUCGGCUUAUCUUGUUGCAGAGAAGGUCAUUGUGACAACAAAGCACAACGAUGAUGAGCAGUACAUCUGGGAGUCUCAAGCUGGUGGUUCCUUCACCGUGACAAGGGAUGUCAAUGGUGAGCAGCUUGGAAGGGGAACAAAGAUUACCCUCUUUCUCAAGGAGGACCAGUUGGAAUACUUGGAGGAGAGGAGGAUCAAAGACCUUGUAAAGAAGCAUUCGGAAUUCAUCAGCUACCCCAUCUACUUGUGGACUGAGAAGACUACUGAAAAGGAGAUUAGUGAUGAUGAAGAAGAUGAACCCAAGAAGGAAGAGGAAGGAGAUAUUGAGGAAGUUGACGAGGAGAAAGAUAAAGAAGGAAAGAAAAAGAAGAAGAUCAAGGAAGUUUCUCACGAGUGGGAGCUCAUAAACAAGCAGAAACCUAUCUGGCUCCGCAAGCCUGAAGAGAUAACCAAGGAGGAAUAUGCAGCAUUCUAUAAGAGCUUGACCAAUGAUUGGGAGGAGCACCUUGCCGUGAAGCAUUUCUCUGUUGAAGGGCAGCUGGAAUUCAAGGCCAUCCUCUUUGUUCCAAAGAGAGCUCCAUUUGACUUGUUUGACACCAGGAAGAAGAUGAACAACAUCAAGCUGUAUGUCAGGAGGGUAUUCAUUAUGGACAACUGUGAGGAGCUCAUUCCGGAGUACCUUGGGUUUGUUAAGGGUGUUGUGGAUUCUGAUGACUUGCCGCUCAACAUUUCUCGUGAGACUCUUCAACAGAACAAGAUUCUGAAGGUGAUCAGGAAGAACCUUGUGAAGAAGUGCAUUGAGAUGUUCAAUGAGAUAGCUGAGAACAAGGAGGAUUACACCAAGUUUUAUGAGGCAUUCUCGAAGAACUUGAAGUUGGGUAUUCAUGAAGACAGCCAGAACAGGGCCAAAUUGGCUGACCUUCUCCGUUACCACUCCACCAAGAGUGGCGAAGAUCUCACCAGUUUGAAGGACUAUGUAACUCGAAUGAAGGAGGGACAGAAGGAUAUCUAUUACAUUACUGGUGAGAGCAAAAAGGCAGUGGAAAACUCACCAUUCUUGGAGCGUCUGAAGAAGAAGGGAUACGAAGUUCUUUUCAUGGUGGAUGCAAUCGAUGAAUACGCUGUGGGACAGUUGAAGGAGUAUGAUGGGAAGAAGCUUGUAUCUGCUACAAAGGAAGGUCUGAAGUUGGAUGAUGAGACUGAGGAAGAGAAGACGAAAAAAGAGGAGAAGAAAAAGUCUUUUGAGAACCUUUGCAAGACAAUCAAAGACAUCUUGGGUGACAGGGUUGAGAAGGUGGUUGUGUCUGAUAGGAUUGUCGACUCACCUUGCUGCUUGGUCACUGGUGAAUAUGGCUGGAGUGCAAACAUGGAGAGAAUUAUGAAGGCGCAGGCAUUGAGGGACAACAGCAUGGGUGCUUAUAUGUCAAGCAAGAAGACAAUGGAAAUCAACCCUGACAAUGGCAUCAUGGAGGAGCUGAGGAAGAGAGCUGAAGCUGACAAGAACGACAAGUCCGUGAAGGACCUUGUGCUGCUGCUGUUUGAGACAGCUCUCUUGACAUCUGGAUUCAGCCUUGAUGAACCAAACACCUUCGCCUCGAGGAUCCACAGGAUGUUGAAGCUGGGGCUUAGCAUAGAGGAAGAUGAGACUGUUGAGGAUGCUGACAUGCCUGAGUUGGAGGAUGCGGCUGAGGAGAGCAAAAUGGAGGAGGUGGAUUAAACUGCCUCUGACUUAGUGGAGAUCUGAGCAUGUGGAUAUUUUCUGUGUUGUUAGUAGUUGUCUUUCUAUGUGUGUCGACAAGUUUUGGGGAGAAGCCCCAAAACCUUCUCUUUGUGUCAGUUAAAAAAGUGUUUCUCAGUACUAAUAUGUCAUAAUUCUGAACUCUUAAAAAUAUAGUAUCAUUUUGGUUCUCCGAUAUUU